CCACAAUCUCUUCUUGGACCGUAAAGACAACAAGAAGAAACAAAAUCCAUAUAUACGAAUUCUAUUAUUCUCACCAUUUAUUUGAUCGUUUUCUUGAAGUAUGAGAGGCACUACUAGAUCGGAGCCGGAAGCAUUUCACGUCGUUGGAGAGUACUUCCAGGCGAUGAAGAGCAGGAAGUUGAUGGUUACAAACUUGCAAGUCGAUUAUUCAGGUGAUUAUGAUGAUGGAGCCUCUUCAGCAUCACCAUCACCACCAGUCCCUGAUUAUGGUGAUGAUAUCUAUAAAAGGCAAGGUGAUGUCCCAAGCCCUGCUAUAGGCCACUGAUGAUACGUUUUCAUGUGUGUAGUUACAUGUUAUUUACUUGUUCAGGUGUGUUUUUGUCCUAAAACGUCUCCAUAUAAUCAAUUUAUGUGCCUUUUUUUUAGUUUUGAUAAUGCAUAUCUUUCUCUAUGUAUUAUCAAAAAAUAUAUCUUUUAGCAAAAAAAAAUGUCGUUCUCUAUAUAUAUACAUUUUUAAUUAUAUCAUUAUUAAAUAAAUGUGACAUCUACAAUUUAUGUAUGUAGUAACA